AAAGGAGACAAGAGUUUCUUUAGCCCUUAGAGAUAUCGAAGAUAUUUUGAAUGGAAGAAAAGAGGUGAAAAAGGAAGAACGAAGCGUUUCUCAACUUAUUUCUUCUGCUAUUCAAACGCAAUAGAAAGGAAGAAGAGGAAUCGGACUCUCCGGUGGGACAACUUUUGUAGCGAUCUGCCUUUAUGAAAUUCGAGAUUGUGAAGCACGAAGAGUAAUGACGCGAAAAGAAAAUUUAUUCGAUCGACGUUGCUCCGAGUCAUUCCCGUCCCUUAUCGUAUAUUUAUCGUACAAGAUGAACCAAUUUCUCUGGAACCAAUCGAGAAAAAGUACAGUGUGUUAAACCCGUUGUAAAUACAUGUAAACACGUGUAAUUCCUAAAUGUGUCCAUCUUAAAGAACUCAAGGGGAAGAGAUUGAGAGAAUAUCGGGAUUAAUUUUUCGGGAAGAAAUGUCACAAGUGAACGCCACGAACGUUGCCAAAAAAGCGUGUAUUCUUACUCGCAUAAUAAUUUGUAAAUAUGCGAUAUGCCGCGAGAAUCCAUAGCGACUAAUACAGCGUGCGUCAAAUUUAUCGUUAUUUUUCUUUCAUUAUACUCUCUUUUAUACUAUUUUCUACAAGUUCCGAUGGAAUCGUUUAUAAUAAGGGUGAGCUAGCUAAUACUUUUCUUUUUCCCUGUAACUUUCAGAUACAUUUCAUAUUUUUCACUAUACUAUUAUCCAAAAAUAAGUUUUUCCUUUGAAAGUAAGAACAAAAUUUGAGAUACAAGAUUAGCUGACCCAUCACUCAUAUAUAUAUACAUUAUAUAUAUAUAUAUAUACACACUUUUAUUUAAAACUCGACUUUGCAGCGAUAAGUGAGUAUACAUUAACAAUAUCCGUAUAUACAUAUACUAGAAAAAUAUCUUUGGUAGCUCGUCGCAUCGUUUAUUUCAGUUUUCGUGUCAAAUCAAAGAAUCUUUUCCUAUGUAUGUAUUUCCCGUUCGAAAGUAUAAGCUGUAUGUUUCUCUGAACGUAUCUCACAUUCGUAGAAAUGUUAUUGUACGUCGUAAGAGAGUAAUAAAAUGUUUUAUUAGGCAUGACAAUAUCAGAGCCCAUUUAUCUUUCGAGAACGUAGCGCGCAAAGUACUCUUGUAUAUUUCAUUUCGUUUUUAUUUUCUACAUUGUAUAUUUAGUAAAAAAUAUUUAUGUAUAUAGUAUAUAUGACAUUAUAAAUGUAAACCAUGAUGCUUUAUCCCUUAUUAACUCUCAUAGGAAUUUGCAUUUCGAGCAAAAUUGCUCGCAUUAAUCGAGGAAGACAGUCUGAAAGGAAUUAAAACGUAAAAGGUCAUCUAGAUUGGUACGUAUAAUUAAAAGUAAUAUCUUACUGAAAAAAAAUCUCUGAAGGCUAGGCGUAAUGAUAAACGUCACGUUCAUUCAAGUAUUGAACCGGUCUGCAAUUCGUUAGAAGCAAUCCAUCGCUCGAACAGAUUUCUCUAAAUUGUGCGACCUACGGGACUAACUCGUUAUUUUUUCCCUUUCUCAUUUUUUAAUUACGAAGAAAGUCUCUCAUCUACCUGAUUCGAGGAAAUUGCUACUGGAAGAGGAUCGAUAAGCCAAGUGACAAUUUCGCUGCAGGGUGGCUGAGUCAAGGAACCGUGAUAGGCGUAGUAAUUCCUUCCUUCCGUAUAAUGUAGCCAUGAGAGAGGAAAAGGUGGUAUAUACACUUUGCUACCGGGUUGCGUAAUGUAUCUCAAAUUUGUUACUAUGCAAUCCAGAUAAGGAUUGUCAACAGGUAUUAUCUGAAAACGUCCGCUUUAAUUCGUUGGCUGCUUCGUUUAUUUAUUAUCUUCCUUGGUAAUGGAUAAAAUAAUGAUAAAUAUAUGGAUAAAAAUAAUGAGAGAGGGAGAGGGAGAGAAUAGUCGUACGUUAAAGAAUGAGGACACGAUCACUACUCCGUCCUUUGCGCCUAAUAAAACUGCCUGGAGAGGUGAAAAGAAGCCACGUUUAACGUGAAUGAAUUGCAAUUCCAUGGCGUAUCGGACGUGAUUGAUUGUAUGCUCGCUUCCUUCGUUAUCCGAUGGACCCCAAUGAAACAUCAUCGAAUGAAAAUUGUAUGUAUCGGUUAAAGGACCUCCUUUGAUGAAGGGAUGUGCACGGCCACACCAAGUACCACAUACUAUGACUAUUAUAAAAGCGUUAAGUUUUACCUUAAGGUAUAUUACCUUGUUUCGCGGAUUCGUUAGAAUAUAUAGAAUCGGAUAUCUAUGAACUUAUACCAGAAUUUCCAUCGUUUGCCAUGAUCAUUGAGCAGGGUACUCUAUUGUGACCGAUCCAUUCGAUAUUAUCGUAUUCCCCGAUCGCAAUGGUCGUGGUGAUAUUGAUCGGCGAUUGAUUGUAACCAGUACUCUCUGGAUAAAACAUCUUCCAGGUAUGAGGUCCAUUGUGAGCCGCAUAUCCAAAUGAAAAGAUCGGCGAUUGACAUUCUUCUUCGAUGAUAGAGCUUCGUGAAAAGAUGUGGGACCACUUCAACAAUUCGCUGGACAGCAACGCUUUGUCGUUCACAAAGUGUAGAUGAAAUUUAUAAUCGUUUAGUAAUUGAAUAUUGAUCGCGCUCACAUACCUAGGAAUAAAAAGCUACCAGAUACGAUCAUCAAUUCGGGCCACGAAAAGCCCAACAUAUUUUUUUAUCAGAAUAUUAAUCAUCUGACGAUUUUACUCGUAACUCAUGGUACGUGACAUCGAUUCCAUUUUUAAACGAUACGUGAACGUUGUUUCAAGUUGGAACACUCGGCAAAUCGAUAAGUAGAUAUCGAUCUCUUCCAUUGUUCUCCCGUUAAACGGUCGACGUUGAGAAAAGAAUUCAAAAUCCUUAAGUACGAUGAAUUAAAAUUUUGCGAAGGAUGUCCACUCGAUAAAAAAGCGAAAUAGAUUUUAGUGAAGUGGGAAGGAUGCAGUGCGCUGGUGACAGCCCUAAAUGGGGUCAAUCUCCUGUGGAUAUAGACGACAAUCAUGUUCUUAGAGUAGAAUAUCCUCCGCUUACUAUGAGUGGCCAUUGGAGUCAGGAUGGUUAUGCGAAUAUAAGGAACACUGGAUCUACUGUCGGAAUAACUCUGGAGGGUAAUAGAAGUCCAGCUAGUAUACGUGGUGGUCCGCUGACAGACGACGUAUACGAAUUCUCGGAAGUUGUCUUUCGUUGGGGCUCAUCGAAUUGUAAAGGAGCCGAACAUACUCUCAAUGGAACGUGGUUUACAAUGGAAGCUCAAAUUAUACACUUUAAUCUUCGAUACGAAGAAAUUGAAAAGUGCUGGGAUAAGAGAGACGGUCUCGCGAUUUGCUCCUAUUUUCUUCAGGUCUAUCAACUUCCCGCUUGGGACGAACAUCCAUUGUUCUCGAAGAUCACCGAUAAUUUGUAUAAAAUCACCGAACCAGAGUCCACCGCGAAAAUAUCAUCUAACUGCUUGAGUUGGAUGAGACAAGCCUGUCAAACGCCAGGCUAUUAUAGCUACACCGGUUCCAUUACGACUUGGCCCUAUCACGAGUGCGUGACUUGGAUCAUUUUUCCAGAACCCGUACGAAUCUCGGAAAAUCAAGCGCAAUGUUUCAGAAUGUUAAGAAACAAACAGGGAACAUUUAUUAAAGAGAAUUAUCGUGAGGUUCAGAAGCUCAAUUCCCGAAUAAUUUAUUAUAUUUGUUGAAGCUACGUUUCUAUUUCUAUAAAAAUUGUAUAUCUGCCCAUUAUUCAUAUUUCAUUAUA